CAGAAAGAAAAGAAAUAUUUUUUUCUUUGCUUUUUUUUUUCUUCAUUAAGUUUGGUUAUUUAAAGCAACAUGUCUUUAGUAAAAAGACUUUCAUCCAGUGACCUGAAUCUGGAACAACAUAUGAUUUUCCUUUGUCCAGAAUGUGGACAAGAGAAUGCAUCGCAACCGGAAUGGCGGAGACACUUGAAUGCAGCUCAUCACUAUGCUAAAAAGACUUUUCAGGACUUCAACUUUGAGGAGGUGGAUGAUAAUCACCACGAGUGUCAGAUAUGCUUGAAAUGGAUUGCAAAUGCUCGCCAAACUCCAGCAGUACUGCAAUAUCAUCGCUUUAAUCAUUUGCCAUAUCCAAAAAUUUACCGAUGCCGUCACUGUCGUGGAGUUUUCCUAAGAAAACGUUCUUUGAUCGAUCAUCUUUAUGCCGUUCACAGCCGCUUGUUAAACAAACAAUUGCACCAGAAUCGCCAGGAUGCUGUAAACCAGUUGCGUGGUCAUCGCGACCCCAAGCAAAAUAAAGAGUUUUACAUUCGAUACCUAUGUCCGCUAUGUGGCAAAUUAUUUGAAAGAUUCACUUUAUGGGAGCAUCAUAUUGAUUCUGCCCAUUCUAGUACAUCAGUGGAUUUAAAGAUGCAUCGUAUAGCUGGCACUAAGAACUAUUACUGCAGCGAGUGUUCACACACUCUGAGAGAUGGACCAACCAGAAGUCAACUGCAAAGACAUCAUUUUAGUCACAUGGCUUUUCCGGCCUUCUUCCAAUGCGCAUUUUGCUAUAGUCGAAAGGCAUACAAAACUGAACUAUUGCUACAUUUUAUUAAAUAUCAUACGGCAGAUUUCUUGCUACAUAGGCAUUAUAUAUUCUUUCCGGAUGAGUGGGGUGGCUGCGCCGACACCAACGUUGUACGUGAAGUAAGACAUCUGAUGGAAAUUGCCAACAAAAAAUCAAAACCUGACAUUUUGCAAAAAGCCUUGGAUGAUAUUAACUUAGAAGAUGGGGAGGAUUUGGCAAAUGAAACUGGCAAAUUUAAUCAUGAAGAAGCACUUGACCAAAGCCUCAAUGGUUAUGAUAAUGUUUUCGUUGUGGAAAUGGGGAAAGCAACGCCUGUCAAAAAGCCAAGUAUAAAAUUUUCUGAAAUUAGUGAAAAUGAAUUGGAAAGUAUUUAUCAGGAGAUGUUCGAGGAAAUAGUCACCAUAUCCACCAAUGAAGAUGUACAAACAAAUAUGCAAAAAUACAUACAUUAUCUAUGUCCAGAAUGUGGCAAUGAAUUUGAAGAUCAACCUACUUGGCGUUCUCACGUCUAUGAUGCCCAUAAUCUUAUCAAUGCAGUGGAUGCCAAAUUCCGUCCUCUUAAUGCCUCCAAAACCCUUCACUUAUGCCUUGUGUGCCACCAAAUACAGAAGACCUCUAAGCAUGCCGAUCUACGACGACAUCAUUUCCAGCAUAUGCCAUUCCAGUCCUAUCUCAAAUGCAUCAUAUGUGGCAAAACAAAAUCCAGCAAGCCCAAAAUGAUGCAACACAUGGAGUAUGUGCAUAUAUUGGUUAUUAGAAAAGAAAUUAAGCUACCCUACCUAACCAAUAUUGGUCAACCCAAAGUGGUAGGGAAAAAAUAUCAUUGUCUAGAAUGUGAUAAAUUGUAUGCGGUUCAUAGUCGCUUUAAAAACCACUGCCGCUCCUGUCCAAAGCGCUUGGCUCCCCUGCCUGUUGCAAAAUGUGACAUUUCUAAAAAUCAGAAGCUUUUGGAACACUUGAAAGCCGCCAGCGUGCGUCUGGAUAAGAUGAUGCAAGAGAUUGGCAUUGAAAGUAAAUCGUAAUUUUUUUUUAAUUUAUUAACAUUAUUAUAUACAUUUUAUAUAUGCACAUUUUUGCAUCGAACUCUUGAAACCUGAAGUUUUUCCAAUAAAAUUUAUUUUUCAAUAAAAACUA